AGGUGGGAUAUAGUAACAUGUCUGUCUCAUGAAUAAAAAAUUAGCAAAUGCUAGAUCAUCACUUGUUCAACAAAAGGGGUCACUCUUGCCCAUCUUUCUCUCCACCAAUCUAUCUAAUAGACAGUUUGGGGCCAAUAAUAUUUCCCCUCUUUUGUGAGCACUUCUGGCUAUAUCACUUGGAUUUGAGAGAGAGAGAACAAAAAAAAAGAAGUAAAGAGAGACAAUCUAGGUGAGUGAGAUGGGUAGUCUUAGAAGUCCAAAACAGACGGUGUUGUAUGUUUUAUUACAUUUGAUCUUUCUCUUAAUACAAACCAAAGCUUUUGGCUACCAAUACAAGGUUGGAGAUCUAGAUGCCUGGGGUGUACCCACUCCAGGAAAUUCACUAGUCUACACCAAAUGGUCUAAGAAUCAACACUUCAAGAUUGGAGACUCUCUCUUGUUCUUAUACCCACCAAGCCAAGAUUCAGUGAUUCAAGUCACAGAGCAAUCCCACAGUAACUGCAACCUUACAGAUCCAAUCUUGUACAUCAACAAUGGCAAUUCCCUCUUCAACAUCACUUCUCCUGGUCAAUUCUACUUCACCAGUGCAGUUCCGGGACACUGCAAAAAAUCACAGAAGCUCCACAUUUCUGUCCUCUCUGGAAAUGGGACCUCUGCUUUUUCACCUUCUUAUGGUCCCACUGCAUUGCCAGCAACUUCACCUUCUUACCCUACUGUCUUUGGCUCCAUCCCGGCACCACCGUCGUCAUCACCUUCGCAAAAUAUUCCGGUCCUGGUGUCGGUGUCAAUCGGAUUUUUGGUACAUUUACUAGUCAGUGGCAGCAUAUAAAUCACAGUGCUAAUCAGAAUUCAGAUCGUAGCAUAUAAUUGAUAUUAUAUUUAUUUGUUUCUUUCAUAUAUUUUCUUGAGUAUGAUAUAUCGUUCAAUUUGUGAGUAGUUUCAAAAUUUUUAUGAAUUCGUUUUGUAGAAGCUUAUGUGUCAUGUACUUCAUUUUCAUAGAUUUAAGAAUAAAAUAUUUUUCAUUAUGAUUUA